GUGAGCUGCCCAAGAGGAGGCUCACUCUUCGCCCGGCAGUCAGCCCGCAGCCCUCAGACUAAGGCUCAUUCCUGACGAGGAGGGAGAAGGCUAAGGAAGGCACAGCACCCGCUCUGGCCCUGCCACAACAGCUCCAGCUGGCAGCAUCACCUUCCACCAGUUUAUCCAACUUCUGUCAAGGCUCUGAAAUGCCAACGAUGUCGAGACCUGCACUUGAUGUCAAAGGUGGCACCUCACCUGUGAAGGAGGAUGCCAACCAAGAGAUGGGCGCUCUGGCCUACUCUAACCUGGGGGUGAAAGAUCGCAAAGCAGUAGCCACCCUGCACUACCCCGGGGUAGCCUCGAAUGGAACCAAGGCCAGUGGGGCUCCCGCUAAUUCUGCGGGAUCUCCACCUCCAAUAGGUUCUCCUACCACCACCCCUCCCGCUAAACCCCCACCCUUCAACCUGCACCCUGCCCCUCACCUGCUGGCCAGCAUGCAGCUGCAGAAACUUAAUAACCAAUAUCAUGGGGUGGCUGCUGCCAAUCCAGGCCAACCCGGGGAGGCAGGGCCCCAACAAAACUGGGGCAUGGAGGCUCAGGCAGGAGGGGCGGAGUCACCCGCUCCUUCUGCCGGUGCCCAGAGUCCUGCUAUCAUUGAUUCUGACCCAGUGGAUGAGGAGGUGCUGAUGUCACUGGUGGUGGAACUGGGUCUGGAUCGGGCCAACGAGCUUCCGGAGCUGUGGCUGGGGCAGAAUGAGUUUGACUUCACUGCAGACUUCCCAUCUGGCUGCUGAUGUCAACUGUCCUAAAAAUGGAGGAAUAAAGCCACCAAUUCUGUUGUAAAUACAAAUAAAAGUUACUU